AUGCUUGUCAAGUACCUCGCUCCCGCCAUCGUGGCGAUUGGCGCCGCUUCUGCCCAGUCGGCCUCUACCUGCACUGUCAGCGGCGGCACCACCACCAUCCACAGCCAGGCCGAUGCUACCGGUCUUGCUAAGUGCAAGACUAUCAAGGGUUCCGUUGUUGUUACCAAGGAGGUUGCCGGUGACUUCCAGUUGAGCGGUCCUCAGAUCAUCACUGGCGAUCUCAAGAUCGAGAACAACCCCAACAUUAACAGCGUUGGCUCCGACACCCUCGAGCAGAUUGGUGGCGAGUUCAGACUUGUCGAGACCACCCAGCUCAACUCCGUUAACAUGCUCAAGCUUGCCUCUGUCAGCAAGCUCACCUGGCAGUCCAUCGGCAACGUUCCUGACAUGGGCAUGACCCAGCUCAGCAAGGUCGACGAGAUCACCAUCUCCGACAGCCAUCUCCGCAACAUCGAUGCCAUCAACGUCACCAGCAUCAAGAGCAUGAACCUUGACAACAACCAGUUCAUCACCAAGUAUGAGCCCGCUAUCAAGGAGAUCACUGGCGACCUCACUAUCCAGGCCAACGGUCUCGACAUGGAGGUCGGCUUCCCCAACCUCAUCUGGGCCAUGAACAUGGCCAUCGCGGAUGUCUCCAAGAUCAGCUUCCCCUCCCUCCAGGUUGUCAACGGCUCUGCCCGCUUCGACAACAACAAGUUCGAUAGCUUCAGCUUCCCCAACCUCACCGAGACCAAGACUGGUGAUAUCUCGUUCGUCGGUAACGAGAACAUGCAGAACCUGACCUUCCCCAAGCUCACUCAGGUUGGCGGUGGUCUUCUCGUCGCCAACAACACUGAGCUUGAGGAGAUCAACGGUUUCCCCGCUCUCCAGACCGUUGUCGGUGCCAUCAAGCUCCGUGGUAACUUCACUGAGGUCAAGUUCCCCAAGCUCCAGAGCGUCCGUGGCGCUUUCGAUCUCUCCUCCACCAACGAUGUCACCAACGACUGCAAGGCUCUCGCCAAGAUGGCUCCCAAGACGCAAGGAGGUAACGGUGAGAUCGAGGGUACCUUCGACUGCCAGUCCAACAACGAGGAGGCCAACCAGGAUACCUCCGGUAAGACCGGCUCUGGUCAGGGUGUCACCGGUGGCAGCUCUGGCAGUGGCUCUGACAAGAAGGACAGCGGUGCUGCUGGUCUCUCCGUCAACGCUGGUCUCUUCCUUGCCGCUGCCGGCGUCCUUGCCCAGCUCCUCCUGUAA